GCAAACAAGAUGGCGGCGCCCAUGGGCGAGGUGGCCUCAGCCCUCCCGCUCCCGCAGCAGCAGGACGAGGAGGAGGACGAGGAGGAGUCGGACCUGGAGCCGCCGCCCAUGGAGGAGCAUUUUGAUGGGGUGCUGAAUGACGAUAUCAUAGCUGAAGCCCUGUACAAGCUGGGGCGUUCAGCGCUUGGCACCGAAUACGUUUACCUUAACCUGUCGCUUUCGGGCCGUAAUUUAAGCGACAUUAACAUUCUCUCCAAAUAUGUUCACUUAGAGAAGUUGGAACUUUCAUACAAUAAAAUUAAUGAUCUGUCUUGUGUCAGUCACAUGCCUUACUUACUGGAACUUGAUGCUUCCAAUAAUGAGCUGACUACAUACUUCAAUUUCAAACCGCCUAAGAGUCUCAAGGAGGUAGAUUUUUCAUACAACCAAAUAUCUGCAAUGCGAGAUUUGUCUGCAUACCAGUCACUUACCAGACUCAUACUAGACCAUAAUAACAUAGAGGAGAUCAAAGGGCUAGAGAAAUGCCGAAGCUUGAUUCAUCUUAGCUUGGCACACAACAGGAUCACUACAAUCAAUGGUCUUAAAAACUUACCUAUCAAAACACUCUGCUUGAGAGCUAACCAGAUUGAGAAGAUAACUGGUUUGGAGGAACUGAGAGCUCUCCAGCAUUUGGAUUUAUCCAGUAAUAACAUCAGCAGCCUUGGAGGUUUGGAGGAGCACUAUCUACUAGAGGUGAUCAAUCUGGAAGAUAAUCAGAUUGCUGAUCUGGGUGAGCUUGAAUAUAUUGAAGAUCUACCUCUCCUUAGAGGCUUAAAUCUGUUAAACAACCCAGUGCAGGAACGCACAGAAUAUUGGCUCUUGGUGAUUUUCAUGUUGCUCCGGUUAACAGAGCUGGAUAACAAGAAGAUUACAGUGGAAGAAAAGGUCGCUGCGGUGAAUAAGUAUGACCCUCCUCCAGAAGUGGUUGGUGCGAAAGAUCACAUAACCCACGUAAUGUACAGCCUGAUGCAGCCACAGAGGAUCUUUGACAGCACUUUGCCUAGUCUUGAUGCUCCCUACCCCAUGCUGAUAUUUGUUGGGCCCGUGGCCUGCGGGAAGCGGGAACUUACUCACAGAAUCUGCAGACAGUUCAACAAUUUCUUCAGAUACAGUCCCUGUCAUACCACGAGGGCGCCCUAUUUUGGAGAAGAAAACAGACUUGAUUUCUACUUCGUUUCUCAGGAAGCAUUUGAUAAAAUGGUGAACAUGGGGAAAUUUAUUGCAACCUAUAAAUAUAGUGGCUAUUACUAUGGCCUAGGAAGAGAGACUGUAGAAUCAAUUGCCAGAGAAGGACUUGCAAGUUGUGUUCAUUUGGAAAUAGAGGCUGUGCGAAGCUUGAAAAAUUCCUACUUUCAGCCACGAUAUAUCCUGCUUGUACCAAUGAAUAAAGAGAGAUACGAGGGACAUCUGCGGAGGAAGGGGAUAUUCAGCCGGCCAGAGAUUGAGGAGGCCAUCACCAGAGUGGACAUGUAUAUCAAAAUAAAUCAGGAUUCUCCAGGAUAUUUUGAUGCAAUAAUUGACACGGAUGAUCUUGAUGAGGCAUACACAAAACUGAGCCUCAUUAUAAAGGAGUAUCUAGGUUUGGAGCAACCUUCAUUCUCUGAUGGCAAUCUGUACUUGGACAGCAAACCCAUAAGAGGUGCUAGAACACCGUCCACUGGAGAUCACCGAACACCAACUGGUGGAGAAACUACUAGACUAGCCCAUCCUUCUGCCCCGGGUGAAUUCUUGAGCUCCUCAGCCAGAAACUAUGCUGUUAGGAUCUCAGCUCACCUCUCCACACAGAAAACGCCAGUGGAAGAAGCUUCUCUGCAACGGCGACGUGAAGCAGCACAUCGGGCUCUGAACGGAAAGGCUCCCGGCGCAUACGCCCAGCUGUUUCAAAGUAAUCAUGCGAGUACCACAGCAGCAGCCAGUCCGCGCCAACAGUUGCUGGAGCCUCCAACACGCUCGUCUUUGUUCCCAAGUGGAAGUAACCUCACUCAAGACCGGAGCCUUCCUCCUGCUAGCCCAGACACCAGCAAUCGGGAUGGAAGAACCAGUAAAAUAAAAAAUCUUACCGGCUCCAAAGAGUCAUGUACCACUACUGGGUUAUCCAUAACCUCCUCGGCGCAUGCAUUCUCUAUGGAAAGCCUGUCUGUCCCAUCCCCAGCUCCCAACACUAGGUACCCUGAAGACACCAACACUGAACACACAGACAUAGGAGGAAUUGGGAAUGGAACAGCAAAUACGAAAGACAUUGAACCUUCGAGUGACAGUCUUGAGAAAAAAGCCAGCAGAUCCAAGUCCAGUUCUCGCGUGCCCCAGGUCACAAACCGGCCAGGCUCAGACACCAAACCUGUCCUACCUCCCAUCCCGUCGGGGCGGAAGAGAACCAAGCCUUGAGGAUUGGCACUAGCUGAGAUCUUGCCUUGAUCAUGCAGUUUAACCUGAACGCUGAUUUUUCACACAGUUCCCCCCUUGACGCAAGGAAAAGCCUGUCAAAGAAUAUUAUAUUCCUAAAUCCAUUUCUGAUUAACUCUGAAGAGCUCUUCUUUCUCCAAAAUAAGUUAUUUAUUUAUAACUUUAUUAAAAAGUAAUUUUUGCUUUUCCCAGAGCUAGAAAUGAUUUCCCUAGGUGCUCCUGGCUUAGAAUCAACACGGGAUUUUUUUUUGAAGCCCCAUGUGCCCAGAUCUUCCAGGGACUUUUUUAAUGUUUCUGUUUCACAGACUUAAUUGAGAUGUGGAAGCUUGGAGGCCUUGAUAAUAACGUCAGUUAUAGUGUAAAACUAUGGAAUUAUUUUUUGUUAAGGAGGAUUUAAUGUGAUACUCUGGUUUAAGUGGGAAGGGGAAACUACUCCAUUCCAAGGCAACUUUUUAUAGAAGCUAUUUCUUUGAGAAGUGAAAAGUUGUUCUUUGAUGUGCGAGUAUAUGAACACAAAUAAUACAAAAAAAGGAAUCAUCAGUCAGAAACGUUAAUUAGUGUGAUUUUACUAACAUUUUAACUAUUAUCUAAUUAUGCUGAGGGUGCUUUGGGCAUUGUAAAGUAGAAACAGUGUCCAUAUGCCAAUGCAUAGAUAUAACUAAUAACUCCAUAUGCCAAAAAAUAAAAAUAAUA